AGCCCCGGCUUGCACCUGCGCCCAGGGUCCCGGCUCCCCGCAGCCCGCUGCGCGCGCCGCUUCCUGGGCGCGCGGCCGGCAGCCCCGCCCUGCGCCUGGGCCCCGUGGCGACAGCCGAGGGACAGGUGCCCCGGGGGUGCAGCUCGCCUCCCUCUACCCGCGGCCUUCGGAGCAGGCCUCGCGCCCCUUGUCCCCGCCUUCUGCCGCGGCCGCCCUCCCGCCGUGCCAAAUGCAGGCUGUCGCCCUCCCAGAGGAGAUCGGCUGGCUCCUGGAAGAUACUGAAGACUUCCUGGCAGAAGGCUUGCGGAAUGAGAACCUCAGUGCCGGGGCGCAGGACCAGAGAGACCAUAUUCUCCGGGGCUUCCAGCAAAUCAAAUCCAGGUACUGCUGGGAUUUUCAGCCCCAAGGAGGAGACCUGGGCCAGGACAGCUCUGAUGACAACCUGAGCGGGACUCAAGGGCCACCCCUCACGUCAGAGGCGUCUUUUUGGUCUGAUUAUCAGGACGAGGGACUGGAAGAUGCCCUAAGAGGGGCUCAGGAGCUGGAAAACGUCAUAAAGCAAGGAUACUUGGAGAAGAGAAGCAAAGAUCAUAGCUUCUUCGGGUCAGAGUGGCAGAAGCGAUGGUGUGUGGUCAGCAGAGGUCUCUUCCUCUACUAUGCUAAUGAGAAAAGCAAGCAGCCCAAAGGGACCUUCCUCAUUAGGGGCUACAGUGUCCGGAUGGCCCCCCACCUUCGAAAAGACUCCAAGAAAGAGGCCUGCUUUGAACUGACCUGCCAGGAUAGACGCAGCUAUGAGUUUACAGCCCUUAGUCCAGCAGAUGCCAGAGACUGGGUGGAUCAAAUAAGCUUCUUGUUAAAAGAUCUUAGCUCCUUAACCAUUCCCUGUGAAGAGGAAGAGGAGGAGGAAGAAGAGGAAGAGAAAGAAGAGGAAGAAAUGUACGAUGACAUCGAUGGCUUUGACUCCCCUAAGUCUGGUUCCCAGUGCAGAGUCGUGGCCUUGCCGGAGCCCACAGACAGAGAAGAGGACAUUUAUGAAGUCCUACCAGAUGAAGACCGUGAACUCGAAGAGGAUGCCCGUGGCAGUCAUGGAGUGGGCUAUGCCAAUUAUUACCAGGGCCUAUGGGAUUGCCAUGGUGACCAGCCAGAUGAACUGUCCUUCCAACGGGGUGACCUCAUCCGCAUUCUGAGCAAGGAGUACAACAUGUACGGCUGGUGGGUAGGAGAACUGAAGAGCCUCGUUGGGAUUGUUCCGAAGGACUACCUCACCACCGCCUUUGAGCCGGAAGAACGAUGAAAGCCAGGGAACACGUUCUCCUCGACGUCCUGCCUGGAUGAAAGGACAUGCCCUGGAGAACGCCCAUUUCCCCGCCCCGGCCCUGGAUUCUUCUCUUUGCCAAGCAGCCACAAACUCUGCUGCUUCAUGUGACUUUAAGCCACUCGCAAGACAAGUAGGAAGAGGACGGCCCGCCAGAUCUGUUCCUAAAGCAGCCCGCUUCGAGCUCGUUGCCCUUGCACAGCCGCAUCUGCCUUUUCUGCAAGCUUGCCACAACGACGGCGGCGAAGGAAGUCCUGGGAGGAGGAAGUUGCUGGCCGGUUGUGGCUCUCAGAGCACAAAUAAAGUUUGGAUUUGUUUCUUUGCCGCGUGUGAUGGGGCUGAAGUCUUUUGUGGCAUAGUGUCGAGGGCUGGCAAGAUGGCUCAGUGAGGGUAGCGGCGCCUGCUGGGAAACCUGAUGACAUGGUUUCGAUCCCCGGGACCUACACAGUAGAAGGGGAGAGAGAACACGCUAGCUGUCCUCUGACCACAACACGUGUACCACACACAGGAAUAGAGAGGUAGGUAGGUGGUUGAUGGGUGGAUGGAUGGAUAGACAGACAGACAGACAGAUAAGCAAAUGUUUUAAGUUUUAAAGUCUAAGUAGUGUCAAAAUGCCACAGCUGCGCAUUUCUUACCAUCAGCAAACUGGGAAGGCACAAUCACAGUGAAAGCAAAACGCGCUGGAGGAGAUUUUGAUUGUCUUUCAGCACGGAGUCAUCUAUGGAACCCAGGACUGCUAGUGUCUGGGUCAGCUCCUCAGACUCCCUCUGGUUGGCUACUUGGCUGUGCUCUCUUAGGUGAGGAAUCCCUGAGACGGAGACAGAAGCAAGGCCGGGGAAUCAGCACGUUGGAGAGCGACUCCGUGAGCACUGUGGCUGGCUGUGAUGGAGUCCCACAUGGGCCGAGGACGUGAGGGGGCUCUCUAAUACGGGCCACCCUGCCCCUUCUCCUGUCGCCU